UAAUUAUGUCCACCAACCGCAUUCCACUUCCCUUUAAACCCCAAGCUCCGCUCCCUCAGUUCCCUGCCUCUCUCUCUCCCCUCCUCUCUGUAUCAUUUCCCUCCCGCCUCCCUGCACCGCCACCAACCACCGUCCUCCGCCGUUGCCACCGCCACCCCGAACCACCCAAAAAAAACCUCAUGGAUCCCGUUCCAGAAUGGGGAAACACCCCACUUAGCACCGUAGACCCCGAGAUCCACGACCUAAUUGAGAAAGAAAAACGCCGACAAUGCAGCGGCAUCGAGCUAAUUGCCUCGGAAAACUUCACCUCCUUCGCCGUAAUUGAGGCCCUCGGCAGCGCUCUCACGAACAAGUACUCAGAGGGCAUGCCCGGAAACCGCUACUACGGAGGGAAUGAGUACAUUGACGAGAUCGAGAACUUAACUCGAUCUCGGGCACUGCAGGCGUAUAGGCUUGACCCUACCAAGUGGGGGGUCAAUGUGCAGCCGUAUUCCGGCUCACCUGCGAAUUUUGCAGCAUAUACGGCGGUGCUCCAGCCCCAUGACAGGAUCAUGGGUUUGGAUUUGCCCUCUGGUGGGCAUUUGACACACGGGUAUUAUACCUCGGGUGGGAAGAAAAUCAGCGCCACCUCGAUUUAUUUCGAGAGUUUGCCCUAUAAGGUGGAUCCCAACACGGGUUAUAUUGAUUAUGUUAGGUUGGAAGAGAAGGCGUUGGAUUUUAGGCCCAAGUUGAUUAUUUGUGGUGGGAGUGCUUAUCCUAGGGAUUGGGAUUACAAGAAGUUGAGAGAGAUUGCGGAUAAAGUUGGUGCCCUUUUGCUCUGUGACAUGGCUCAUAUUAGUGGCCUUGUUGCUGCUCAGGAAGCAGCAAAUCCUUUCGAGUACUGUGAUUUGGUAACAACUACUACCCACAAGAGCUUAAGGGGCCCUAGAGCUGGAAUGAUCUUCUACAGGAAGGGUCCUAAACCACCCAAGAAAGGUCAGCCUGAGGAUGCAGUUUAUGAUUUUGAAGAUAAAAUCAACUUUGCUGUUUUUCCUUCACUCCAGGGCGGUCCUCACAACCACCAGAUUGGUGCUCUGGCUGUGGCUUUGAAACAAGCAAUGUCUCCUGGGUUCAAGGCUUAUGCUAAGCAAGUCAAGGCCAAUGCUGUGGCCCUUGGAAAUUACCUAAUGAGCAAGGGAUACAAGCUUGUAACUGGUGGAACUGAGAAUCACCUUGUCUUGUGGGAUCUUCGCCCUCUUGGUUUGACAGGUAACAAGGUGGAGAAACUUUGUGACUUGUGCAACAUUACUGUCAACAAGAAUGCUGUAUUUGGUGACAGCAGCGCUUUGGCCCCUGGAGGGGUUCGCAUUGGUACUCCCGCCAUGACAUCAAGGGGUUUGGUUGAGAAGGACUUUGAGCAAAUUGCUGAGUUUCUCCACAGGGCUGUGGCUCUCUGCCUGAAGAUCCAGAAAGAGCGUGGAAAGCUUUUGAAGGACUUUAACAAGGGGUUGGUUAACAACAAGGACAUUGAGGAACUUAAGGCUGAUGUCGAGAAAUUUUCUACCUCCUUUGACAUGCCUGGCUUCAAGGUGUCUGAAAUGAAAUAUAAGGAUUAAGUAUCGUGCAUCAACUCUUUUUUUUUUUUCUUUCUAAUGUUUGAUCUAUUAAUUUUCCCCCCCUUCAAUUUCAUCAAGUGCUUAGGAAAAAUAAUGUAAUUUUUACCACUGCUGCACUACUUCUGGUUUUAGAGUAGUAGUCACACUUGCUUUACACAGAGUUGUAGUUGCAUCAGGUGUAUUAUGAGCUUUGGAAUGAAAAUGUUGGAAAAGUAAGAGCUAUCUUUGCCUCAGGUCCAUUGCUCAAGAAAGAACUGAUGUUCUUUGAUCACUUGAUAUUUGCAAUUGUCUAGUGUAUGUUUGUCAUACCAACUCAACAGUUGGAUGAGAUAGUCUGUGUUAGUGCGUAGUGUUGUUGAUGCUCAUUGUAAUUUUAUGAUUGGCAAAGUUGUCAGGAAGAGAACCUUGUCAAGUUUUGGACU